CAAUCGGCCCUCAGUUAUUUAUUGGUGCGGCUCUCAGCCUCGGUCCUCUCAGUCUGCUGCUGGCCGUCGGUGCGUUCACACACAUGGAGGAAAACACUUGUGGACAUUGUUGAAUUGACUACUUUUUCAGAUCACGUUAACAGUUUUCCCCGUGUGAUGAGACUAUCAUUUGGUUUGUGACGUGCCCUCAAACUGCCACCUACAGGCUGUUUUUCCUGCCCAUUUCCCACUGACUGACAUGAAAACCGCUGAAGGCUCAUCUGGAACGGUCCUGCACCGUCUCAUCCAAGAGCAGCUCCGCUUUGGAAAUCUGACCGACACUCGCACACUUCUGGCUAUCCAGCAGCAGGCCCUGCGUGGAGGGAGCAGCAGCGGCGGCGGGGGCACCGGUAGUCCUCGCUCCUCUCUGGAGAGCCUGACUCAGGAGGAGCCCCAGUACAUGCAGAUGUCCACGCGACAGGAGCCCCAGGGCCAGGAGCACCAGGGGGAAUGCGUUCACUCCGAGAGCCAGGUGUGCCGCCUGUACCAGCUCCAUGGAGAGGAGCUGCCCACGUAUGAGGAAGCCAAGGCCCACUCCCAGUACCUGAUCUCCCAGAAGGGGCAGGCUGAGCAGGAGGGGCCCGGCGUGGACAUUGUGGGGAGCCAAGUAGAGGGGCAGUGGGAUUUGAAAAGGGAGCACGCUCGCUCUCUCAGCGAGAGGCUGAUGCAGCUCUCUCUGGAGAGAAACGGCCUCAGAGACAGUCUGGCCAUGAGCUCCUCACACAGCUAUCCACAGCUGCAUCAUAAUAUCACGAACGCUGUAGCAGCCGACAGGCAAGCGGUCCAACAGUGUGUGGAACGGCGUGGGCCGCCCCCGGACUACCCUGUGUUCGCCAGACUUCCUGGAUACAUGCUCAGCCACUCACAGGAGCACGGGCAGUACUACAGAGACCCUCCUCCCCCCUUCUACUCACAGCCUCACAGCAGGUACCCGUUGGCUCAGUCCCAGGUGGCCCCCAACAGCAUCAUCGCAGCCCCCGGCAACGGCUCGGCUCAGACAGACGCCUUGGUGCGGGAGAAUGAGCGGCUCAGGAAGGAGCUGGAGGCCCACGCCGAGAAGGCCGCCAGGCUACAGAAGUUGGAGCUGGAGAUCCAAAGGAUAUCUGAAGCGUAUGAGACCCUGAUGAAAGGCUCUGCCAAGCGGGAGACUCUGGAGAAAACAAUGAGGAACAAACUAGAGGCCGAGAUCAAGAGGAUGCACGACUUUAACAGGGAUAUGAGGGAUCAGCUCGACUCAGCCACCAAACAGCGGACGGCAAGGGAGGCCGAGUGUUCGGACCAGAGACAGCACGUCUUUGUUAAGCUGCUGGAGCAGAAUGAAGAGCAGCAGCGGGAGCGCGAACAACUAGAGAGGCAGAUACAGCAGUUCCGUGUCUCCGGGGAGGAGUGCCAGCGGCGACGGGAGUUGCUCGAGCAGGCGCUGGCCUCCACGCAGACCCGUAACCGGCAGCUGGAGGAAGAGCUGCAGAGGAAAAGGGCCUAUGUAGCAAAGGUGGAGCGGCUGCAAAGCGCAUUGGCUCAGCUGCAGGCGGCGUGCGAGAAGAGGGAGGAGCUGGAGCUGCGGCUGCGGACGCGACUGGAGCAGGAACUUAAAAGCCUUAGGGCCCAGCAGUCUCAGAGACAGGCAGCUGACCCCACGGCUUCAGAACCAAACUCCUCCACGUUGCAGCAGCAGUUGAGGGAGAAAGAGGAGCGCGUUCUGGCCCUAGAGGCGGACAUCACCAAGUGGGAGCAAAAGUACCUGGAGGAGAGCACCAUGAGGCAGUUUGCCAUGGACGCAGCUGCCACUGCUGCAGCACAGAGAGAUACAACCAUCAUCAAUCACUCACCUCGACAUUCACCAAACAGCAGUUUUAAUGAUGACCUGCCUUUGGCGAGUCAUAGACAUCAGGAGAUGGAGAACAGGAUCCGCGCACUUCAUGCUCAGCUCCUGGAGAAGGAUGCUGUGAUCAAAGUCAUCCAGCAGCGCUCCAGAUGGGAGCAGGGCAAGCUGGAGAGACAGGGGCUUCGCCUCGCCAGGUCCGUCCCCUCUAUCAACACCGUGACAAGCAGCAUUGAAAGUAAAGGAAAGAGCCUCUCGGAUGACCAGACGGCUGCAGCUGCGCUUCAACCCCGGCCCCUCGUGGGGCCCAGGGCCCCCAGCCGAGACUCCAGCACCCAAAGUGACGAGGCCCUGCUGGAGCCUGAAUUCACAGCAGAGACAUCUGAGGUGAUCUCAGCGGCUACAACUGACACCUCGGAGGAGUCGCUCAAGACAUUCAAGAGCAUCAGCAGCUCAGAGGCAGAGCAGGUUGAAAUCCUCAUUUGAUACGACUUCAAUGGCGACAUAGACUUUUGGCCGAGACUUCGAAUGCCUUCCUCCACGUCUGAGUAAACAAGGGUCUAUUAAGCAGACUCAAACAUGCAGAGUCCAGGAUGUGGUGCAGUUUUUUGGAGAGGAGAGCUGAGCUUUCCGCAAUUCACAAACUCUGACAUUUGCCUCAAGAGUCCAAAUUCUCCAAGGUACCUGGACAGUAGUCUGCACUGUGAUAGGAACUUUUUUAUUUGGUUGCAUGUUUCGUGUUUUGUUAUGUAUUCUAUUUAUAUUUGUAAACGCUGCUCAUAUUGUGAUGUUACUUUUUAUGUUUGAGAGGUGAGAAGAACCAGGAUCACUCGCUUUGCUCCGCUCCACUUAAAUUAUAUACAGUUAUGUACUCUCCUCUCUGGAUUAAGCGCACAACCCUUCUAUGUUUGGUCGGGUUUAUUUUGAAGUUCCAGUAGCGAGCCUAGUACUGUGCCCUCUGAAAGUAAUGGGAAUAUUUCUAAUAUAAGCAUCCUCUGUGUAUCCAUGCCAUGUUUGGGGAUUAUACUGUGUAACAGAACGAGUCAAACCUAAAUUAACAGUUGCUCCUCUCUUUAAAAUACACUAGAGGCCCUGCUCACGGCUCAGAGGAAGAUUUAGAAAAUGUGAGUCUGCAGAACGCCCCACUUGUGAGGAUUGACGGGCUUUUCAAGGGGGUCUAAUUUUCCAGAUCCCGGGUUAAUGUUCGGGCCUCACAUGGCGACUGCCCAGCAUUUUAGCUCCCCUCCGCUGACACGCCGGAGCUAAUCUUCUCACAUUCCCUCACUGGGGGAAUGCUCCCGUUAAAGAAAAAAGGCUAUCUAAAGUCUGACCCCUCGCCCUUGUUAAAAUGGCACACAUUCUCCACAUGAUUCUCUUUCUGGGGCCGUUUAUUUCGUCUGUGGUAGCUGGUUCUACCGCGGGCACAGAAAUGGUCAACUAUAAUUGGCUUGCAUUUGCUCUUCUAUUUGUUGUCCCCAUCACUGCUCAAGUAUCUCACAUUUCUGAGUGGACUUGUCCUUCCCAUGAAAUCUUCUAUUUAUUGUCUCCCUGCAUAGUGUCGGAUCACUGAACACUGCUGAAUGUAGACUCAUGUUUUCCCAGACUGUGUGCCUUUUUUUUAUUUAACUGGAAUGUGCCACAACUCAUCUUUAGAGGGGGAAUACCGCUGAGCUAAUAUUUUAUCCUAGAGUUGUAAGGUUCCAUCUUGACAACAUUAUCGUGAAAUCUGACUUUUGACUGGUAUUCCCCUUCAAGCUUCUUCACCACGUUUCCUGUCACAAUGCUAUUGCUGGUCAAUGCACUGUUUAAGUUUGAGAUACUGCCCUUCACUUUUCUUCUUUUUGUUUUUGGAAUGUGUUUACAUGAAUGGCUAUUUGAAGUGAGAGAAGUUAAUAUAUUUUGUAGUUGUUUUUUUCAUUGAUAUACUUGAUUUCUUUUGAUUUCUGGUGCCAAAGAUGUACUCUACUUUUAAGUUAUAACCGAUACAAAAGGUCCUGUUAAGGUGCCUUGCUUGAGCUGGUUGACCCAUUUUGAUGUUGCUGUGAACUUUUGUAAAGGAAACAUUUGUAUGUAUACCUUAACAUUUCACUGUAAUAGAUUAAAAUUCUUAAUAUAUG